AUGUCGCACCUCGUUCGCGAUGCAAAGGCCGCUGCCGACACAGCUAAAGGCAUAGGAAGAGCUGUUGGAGGAAGCUUCAUGGAGAACAAGACUCGACGAGAACGAAAGUUUGGAGAUGUCGAGAACAACCUACCGAAUAUCAAAGCCUCACCCGCAUCUGACAACCGACCUGCAUCAGGCUCGAGCGUGCUUUCGUUCCUCGGGUCCUGGAAUCCUUUGCCACAGCCAGUAACUGACAACGAUACUGUCUGGCUCCUUGAUAACACGGCAUACAGAAACGCGAGCGGGAAAUGGCAAGCAGAGUUCGUUGCGGCCGUCUUCGACAAAGAUACAGGUGUGGAAAUCAGCACGGUUGUUGCCGAUAUUGCAGAGAAAGUUGGCCUUGGAAACGGCGAUGCUGCGGAGGCUACAAUUCAGGACCGGCUCAUGCCUUUCGUGCAGAACAUUCUGCCAGGACGCAAGGUUACAGUUGAUUUUGCGAAGCAACAGCAAAUCAACUUGGGCCCUGGUGGAAGGAAUGGAAUAAGCAGCGAUAUCAAGGCCGUACCAGCACACGGUGAUGGAACUGUCGUGUCGUAUGUUGCGCAAGUCCCGAAAGGCGCGAAUGGUAUUUUGCAAGCGAAUACUGUUUACGCCGAGCCAGAGGGAUGGGGUGUAAUUUCUGAUAUCGACGACACCAUCAAGAUCACCCAAACCGGCGACCCAAUUGGCAUCUUGCGUUCAACCUUUGUUUCUCAAGCUACACCAGUUGAAGGCAUGCCAGAACUAUACCAGUUCAUCCAGCGCAUCAUCUCUCCAACAUCACCAUUCUUCUACCUCUCAGCAUCACCAUAUAACCUCUACAGUUUCCUGCGCGACUUCCGUCAAAAGUUCUUCCCUCAAGGUACUAUAGUCCUCAGAGACUCGUCGUGGAUGAACUUGGCUGGCCUCCUCUCUAAUCUCACUCUCGGCACACAAGAGUAUAAAGUCUCUCGCAUCACGAAGAUCAACUCCUGGCUGCCAAAGCGCAAAAUGAUCCUCAUUGGUGACUCGACACAAGCUGAUCCGGAGACCUAUGGGGAGAUUUACCGCAAGCACAAAGGUUGGGUGAAAUUGAUCCUCAUCAGAAAGGUGGAGGACAUCGCAGCCAUCGGGAUAGAAGAAAAGAAUGAGCCUAAGAGAUUCGAGAAAGCGUUCAAGGAUGUGCCAAAAGAUAUUUGGCAUGUCUUCGAAUCGCCGCAAGAAUGUUACCAGCUCAUCAAGGAUACAGUCGCUCGAGGAUAA